AUGGAGGACGCAAGGACGAGCGCAAAGGGUGCCGAACUGGCUCCACUAACAAAUCAGGUUGCCGGACAUGCUGGUGGUGUACAGAGCCUGGAAGGAGGGCGAUUGGUGAUCAAGGACUGCUUACCACGCGAACUGCAAUUCUAUGAGCAAGUCAAGCAGGCGGUGGCAGGGAAAGCAGCACUUGACUCUCGACAGGCGAGGCUGCUGGAGAGGCUGCUCAAGGUGAUGCCAGAAUGCCUAGGUAGCUGGCAAGAUUAUAUCGGUCGCCAGUCUGGUUCAACUCUGUCCACGAACGGGAGGGAUGAGCGGCCCAGGAUCGUGAUGGAAAACCUGACCUUUGGAUACGAGAAGCCGAAUGUGUGCGACAUCAAGCUGGGCACGCAGCUCUGGGACGAAGAGGCAAGCGAAGAAAAGCGGCAGAGGAUGGAGAAGGCGGCGGCAAGCACAACUAGCGGCUCGCAUGGCAUUCGAUUGACAGGAUGGCAGACAUUUGAUGCCGAAUCGCAAAGCUAUCACAGCAUACCCAAGACGUUUGGCAAGACAAUCAAGCCCGAGCAUCUGGAACUGGGAAUGCGGAUGGUCCUUGCCUGUCCAGAAGAUGGGGAUGCGCAGCAAGCCGAGAAGGCUCUGAAAGGAAGCAGUAUGGAUGGUCGACGUCUUCCGAGCCUGCCGACCGAGCUGGUGGCAAGAAUGCUGCGAGACCACAUCCUAAACGACCUGGACGAGAUCCAUGCCAUCUUUUCAGAAGUGCAAGUGCGGAUGCGAGGCGCCUCGCUGCUCAUUGUCUACGAAGGAGAGGCAGGACAUCUUAGACAGAGCCUCUCAGCAGACAAGAGCGAGAUAUCAAAAGGCAGACGACCUCAAGUGCGACUGAUCGAUUUCGCACACGCCACCCUGGUUGACGAUCAAGGCCCCGAUCAAGGCCCCGAUCAAGGCGUUUUGCUUGGACUCAGCACCAUGCUCGACUUGGCCCGUAGACAGCUAGAGAGGCUCGAGCAGAUCAAGGCGCCAUAG